UUGGAUCUCCGGCAGAAAAGACAAUCUCUGGAACAAUAAUCGAAAAGAUGACAACUUAUGGCAGAAAUGGCGGCAAAUAUUCAAAAGAUGGAAACGAGUCCACAUUCUCGAUGUCGUAUCUUUUCAAUGGCGACAAUAAGAAUCAGGUGAUGCGAGUAAAUAAAUCUGACGAUGCGUUUCAUGACGUUUUAUGCAUUUUUUUGUGAAAAACACAAGCUGGACAGGCUGGACUUGGCCGUAAUCAAUUGGCAGACGUGAUUUAACGAACAGGCAGUCAAGAUUGUUCCUUUCGAUCACGAUGAGCGUGAAGCAGUACAUCCAUCCGAGAAACAAGUACAAACGACCGCCAGAUUAUAAGCAACUUGCGGUCUUGUAUCCGGAGUUUCGUGAAAUUGCGAUCAUGGACUUUACAGGAAGGGUUAGGAUCGACUUCAAAGAGAGGAGAAGCCUGCAUGUACUUACAGAGACGCUUCUGAAGCAUGAUUUUGACUUACACGUGAAUAUCCCAGCAGAUAAUCUGAAUCCGGCGAUUCCACUGCGCUUAAAUUAUAUUCUGUGGAUGGAAGACUUGAUGACUCAUUCUAAAUUGGAGAUGGAGAAAGUUACAGGCAUCGACAUUGGAACUGGAGCAGUUUGUAUAUAUGCUCUAUUACUGGCAAAAAUCUAUAAAUGUCAAGUGAUUGGCACAGAAAUUGGCAAGGAAAGUGUAGAGCAUGCUCAGAAAUGCAUAAAGAAAAACAAAUUACAAGAUUUAAUUAAAAUAAUUACAGUGAACUCCGAUAGAAUUUUUAAGGAUGUAAUACAGGAUAAUAGAGUUUAUGACUUCUCAAUGUGCAACCCACCAUUUUUUGAGAGUGAGGACGAUGGCUUCGAAAAAGUCGAAAAAGUCUUACCACCGAGAAACGCACCUACUGGAAAUGACAGCGAGUUGAAAACCGAAGGUGGUGAAAUAGGCUUUGUGACGAAGAUGAUCGAAGAGAGUGUCGACGUGGGAGAUCGAAUAAAAAUCUACAGCACAAUGAUUGGCAAAAAAGCCGACUUGACUGGUUUAAGACAAUUGUUAAGAUCGAAAAAUAUAAAAAAUAUGACAUGGACGGAAUUCUGCCAGGGUCACACAACACGAUGGGGUUUGGCUUGGAGCUUCCUUCCGCAAAACGUUGUCAACUUGACUACAGCACCUGUCAUUAGAAAACAUGGGAAGUCUAUAAUGGGAUUGUUAAAGAAUUACAAAACCUCGAUAACAUUUCCUGUGAAUGAUAAAUUUUCCUGCAUAGACGAUAUAAUUAGUUUUUUAAAAGUAACAGCGAAAGAGUUGAACAUCAAGUUGCAAGACGUAUCCAUUCCUGAGGAUAGUUUCGAUAACUGGGCGUGUCGAGUAAUUGCUAGAAAAAGAUCGUGGGAACAUAUGCGCAGGAAGCGGCGUUUAGCGCAACAAUCUGCGUUAAAAAGAGCAAAAAGUGAAAGUGAUGAAUGUAUUGAGGUUGAAGAAACUUCAAUUGAAAUUGGAAAUAGUGCGAAAAAUUCAGAUGAGGAAAGUUCUGAUAAAGAAUUAUCUGAUAAAAACGGUCCUUUGCUUGUUUGUAAAUUCUGGGUAGAAGCAGAAAGCCGCAAUGAUUCUCAGGAUAUAAUUAUACAACCUGAUGAGAUACUCAGGAUAUGGAUGGUGUUUGAAAAUGGAUAUGGCGGUUUGGACGCGUUACAUUCGUUGCGACAGUAUCUGAUAAACAAAUUGGAAGUGAGGGAAAAGAUUUUAGAUAAUCCAUCGAAGACGAAGAGAAAGAAAAAAAGGAUUAAAAAAGAAUGCUAAUAGGAGUUUCAGGUCCAUUCAGGUGUAUUCGAGCAACAGAAAAAAUUCAGCGAACAAUAAACAGGACAGAAAAUUUUGAAGAGAA